AUGGGUCUGCGGGGUGUUCAGUUGGGUCUCCGUGCGUGGGAGUUCGUAUGGUCUCUGCUCAUCAUGGCCCUCGUGGGUAACAUGAUCGCCGAUGCCUUCGCGGGCAACCCGGGAACCGUCAACUACUCGAUGUUCGUGUCGGUAUUCUCGAUGGUCUCACUCUUCUACCUGAUACCGGCCUCGUGGAACUCGGACUGGGCCUUCCACCCGAUCAUCAUGGUCGUGGUCGAUGUGCUCAACUGCAUAUUCUUCUUCACCGCGGCUAUCGCGCUCGCGGCGAAGUUGACGUGCCACUCUUGCAGCAACCAAUCUUAUCUGGCUAGCAACGAGAUUACCAACGGCGCGAACAACAUGGGGAAGCGCUGCCGUGAGGCUCAAGCGACAACUGCUUUCUUGUGGUUUGGUUGGGCUGGAUACAUGGCCUCCGUCAUCAUCUCCGUGCUCACGUCUCGGUCGUCGACUUCCAACCUUCGUGGUCGCAGUGGUAGCCGCCGCCGCCCCAACAUGACCCAGGUCUAA